AUGGAGCCACCCAGAAGUUUACAGCGAGUGCAGCAGUUGGCAGGACCUUUGGCAGCUCUUAGUAGGUUCAUUGCAAAACUAGGAGAAAAGGCCUUACCAUUCUACCAACUGAUGAAAAAAUCUGAAAAAUUUGAGUGGACAGCAGAAGCGCAAGACGCCUUCGACAAACUGAAAAAGGUCCUGUCGACCUCUCCAGUUCUCGUAACACCAAGGGAUAAGGAGCCAAUGCUACUUUAUAUAGCUGCAACUGUUCAAGACGUCAGCUCCGUCCUCGUCGUCGAACGCGAAGAAGAAGGAAGAGUACAUGGCGUGCAACGCCCCGUUUAUUACCUCAGUGAGGUCCUCACACCCGCGAAGCAGCGAUACCCUCACCAUCAGAAGCUGGCAUAUGCAGUAUGGAGGGCAGCAUGGAAAUUACGGCAUUACUUUGCAGAACACCCAAUUGUUGUCGUCUCAGAAGCUCCAUUGAAAAACAUACUCACCAAUCCAGAAGCGACAGGCAGGGUAUCUCAAUGGGCUAUCGAGUUAGCACCGCACGAUAUUACCUACGUCAAUCGAACAGCAAUCAAAUCCCAGAUCCUUCCCGAUUUCUUGGUUGAUUGGAUACAGUCGCAAAUCUCAGCAGCACCCGAUAUGUCGGGUUCAUGGACAAUGUACUUUGACGGGUCUAAGCGCAGUUCAGGUGCAGGAGCGGGAGUAGUGCUAAUCUCGCCACAAGGAGACAAAAUGAGAUAUGUUCUAAGGAUGAACUUUUUGUUACCAACAAAUAAUGAAGCAGAGUACGCAGCAUUACUACACGGUAUGCGUAUGGCCAAGGCAUGUGGAGCUACUCAUUUAGAUAUUUACGGAGAUUCGAACCUCAUAGUACAGCAGUCGAUGAAUCUGUGUGAUGCUAUUAGUGACAACAUGAUAGCCUAUCGCCAGAUGUACCAGUCAAUGGAAGCUAAAUUCGAAGGCUGCGAGUUAAAACAUAUUGGCAGGGCCAGCAACGAGGAAGCCGAUGCUCUGGCUAAUAUCGGUUCCACAUGUUCUCCUAUACUAGAUGGAGUCUUCUAUGAAGUCAUCACUCAAAGGUCUAUCAAAGUACAAACUUUGGCAGCUCCAGAAAUAUCGGCUACUGGCGUAGGGGCUACGUCCCAUGAAGCUGCCGAAGAUGUCAUUACUGGAUCUAACCAGCAAGUCCUUCUCCUUGAACCUUUAUGGACUGAACCUUUCUUGGCAUACCUGAUGGAGCAAAGGUUACCGGAUGAUCCAGUAGAAGCAAAACGCAUCAUGCACCGGUCUAAAGCAUACACCGUGGUCGAUGGCGACCUCUACAAACGAAGUAUCUCUGGCAUCUUUCAGCGGUGCAUCGCCAUCGAUGAUGGAAAUGCUCUAUUGCGUGAAAUACACGAAGGGACAUGUGGCCAUCAUGCCAGUAGCAGAGCACUUGUAGCCAAAGCUUUUAGAGCAGGAUUCUAUUGGCCAACAGCGGCAGCCGAUGCAAGGGACUUAGUUCGGAAAUGUGAUCCUUGCCAACGUUUUGCGCCAAAGCCUCAUGCACCCGCCACAGAUUUGAUGACAAUACCUCUGGCCUGGCCUUUUGCACAAUGGGGACUUGAUCAAGUUGGUCCGCUGCCGAAAUCAUCACCUGGUGGCCAUACUCAUCUACUAGUCGUAGUCGAUAAAUUCACCAAAUGGAUUGAGGAUAUACCAGUCAUGAAUCAGACAGCCAAAACCGCUGUCAAAUUCUUCAGAGGAAUAACUUGUCGUUUUGGUGUGCCUCAUAGCAUCAUUACAGACAAUGGAACUAAUUUUGAUUCUAAGGAAUUCCACCAAUUCUGUGACAACAAUGGUAUCAAGCUCAAAUUUGCUUCGGUUGCACAUCCUCAGACCAACAGGCAAGUGGAAAGGAUCAAUGGCCUAAUAUGCGACGGUAUCAAAAAGCGCCUCAUGGGUGUAGCUGGAGCUUGGGUCGAAGAAUUACCAUCAGUACUCUGGAGUUUGCGGACUAUGCCAAAUAGGCCUACGCAAUAUACUCCGUUCUUCCUUGUCUACGGAGCCGAAGCAGUUUUGCCAGCCGAUGUUCGCUUUGAAGCACCACGGGUGGCUGCAUAUACAGAGACAACUUCAGUUCACGCAUUACAAGAUGCUGUAGAUCUUCUUGAUGAGGCUCGAGACAUCGCCCUAGCCCGAACAACAGUAUAUCAGCAAGCAAUACGGAACUACCACAUUCGAAGAGUCCGCAAUCGAGGAUUUAGAGUUGGUGAUUUAGUAUUACGGCUGAAGCAAGAAAGAUCCUUGAAACUGAAAUCUCCAUGGGAAGGGCCGUUCAUCGUCACCUAA